AUGGGCGGAGAGAUCCGGGUCACCAGCUGGGGAGGAUGGUUCACGCAAUCGGCCCAAAUCUCGAGUCCCCUGCUCGACCCGUCCGCCCGACACGCUGAUAUUCAAGGCUUUCUCGGACCGACUCAUUGCAUCCAGGCCCUGACGCCUUUCCCUAACGCCCCCAAAAGCCCGAUCAUCAACUGCUGGAACCGCGGCGUGGUCGGCGGGAAGACGCUGCAUGACGAGGUGUUGGAGGUGGUGAGGACGUACGACGGCUGGCGUUCGCUUACCGCCUGUCGGGUCGUGGAGGUUCCUCUGGGAAACGAGCCAGAGAAGCUCGGCGAUGUGGUCGUUUUGGUCGGUCUGCGGUUUGAGACGUCUUUGGAUCGGGAGUAUUUCUCGGUCGUACGGGAGGUUCUCGGGAUUCUUGCCAGAAUCUGCGUCGCUUUGUGUAUCGAGGGAUGCAACGUCAGACCCGGCGCUGAGCUCGACGGAGGCGAUCCCGUCAAGAAGGCCAAGCUCCUUCUGAGAGCUCGGCUGGCUGGGGUGGUACCGGGGCGAGGAGUCGACGAAGUCACUGAUCUCCUGAGGAAUUUCCACUUUUAG